AUGAGGCUGGCACGAUUACACCGGCCCGUGGUGGCCACCUGUUCCGCCGCGAGGAGCGGCCUCGCCCUUCGUCAGUUGCAGGAUGCUUUGACCGGCCUCAGCAUGGGAGCUGCGAGCCAGGGCGUCGAGGGACGCAGAUAUGCCUCCGUCAAGAGCCAGGGCGCCUACGUGAUCCGGGACUCGAGCACCAUCCCCAAGAAGCUGGGUGCCAAGAAGACUGGAGACAGCUACGUGAUCCCCGGCAACAUCCUCUUCAAGCAGCGCGGCACCAAGUGGCACCCCGGCGAGAACGUCGGCAUGGGGCGCGACCACACCCUCUUCGCCCAGGUCACCGGCUACGUCAAGUACUACAAGGACCCGGCCAAGCACCCGGACCGCCAGUACAUCGGCGUCGUCUUCAACAAGGAGGACAAGCUGCCCACCCCUCCCCACGCCAUGCGCCGCCGCAAGCUCAACAUGAACGCCUCCGUCAUCCCCGAGCGCGCCCCCGUCCCCGAGAUCUCCCCCAGCGGCAUCCCCAACCAGGUCGUCCGCCCCGGCCAGAACAGCCGCAAGCCCCACCCCAGAGACGAGCGCAUCUACAAGCUGCAGGAUAGCAACUACUCGUACCGUGAGGAGAACUGGAGGCUCGGAUCCCUCGUCAGGACCGAGAAGCGCAAGAUGGGCUCCCGCAGGGUCGCCAUGAAGCACAGGAGGAGAAGGAGCGAGGCCAUCCUCGCCGAGAUGCGCAGGGACCGCGAGGACAAGAUCGCCCGCCGCAAGGAGGCACUCGACGAGCAGAGGGCCGCCAAGCAGAAGAAGUUCAAGGAUUAUUAUGCUCGCCAGAGGGCCGAGGCCGAGGCGCAUCCCCAGAUGCCCGGUGGCGAGGUCGUGCCGCCCGUGAAUCCCGCCCCGAGGGCCCAGGCAUGA